AUGAUUUUCAAGAAAACAGCAUUAGGAAUUUUUAAUAGUCGUGAAUGGAAAAAAGUGUUUGAUUCAAAAGAUAUUACUCAAACACAAGUAUUAGUUAUUGGAGCAGGUAUAUCAGGCUUAGAAGCGGCUCGUUUAUUGAAACAGAAUGGAAUACAAACACUUGUCAUUGAAGCACGAAAUCGUACUGGUGGUCGAAUCUGGUCGGUUCAGUCAAAAAAUGGGCACGUACUAGAUUUAGGUGCAGCAUGGCUUCAUGGUGUUAAUGGAUCUAUACCAAUUGGUUUUCUAUCGAAUCCUCUAUGGGACCUUGUCCAGCAAGCUAAAAUUCCUACUCGCAGUACAACAAUCAGUGAUGUACAAAUUUUCAAUAUGUCUGAUCAGACCAUAGCAGAAAGUCUAGAAAUAUGGUUUGAUGAAUAUAUUGAUUACAUUGAAGAAACGACUAAAUUAUCGGGAGGACAACAAUCUCUUCAGCAAUAUGCUGAAACAUUUUCUACCAUGAAAAAUUUGACUGGCGAAAAGCGAAAUGCAUUUUUCUCUUAUCUACAUACGGCUAUCGAAGGUAAUGAAGGCAUCGAAAUGAGUAAGAUUAAUGCAAAGAAUUUUGUUGAUAUUACCGGUGUUUAUUAUGGUGUAGAACCUGUAUUUCAUGAUACUGGUUUUCACGCAGUUAUCGACUACAUAGCCAAAGAUUUUCGAGAUGAUGACAUACGUUUUGGACAAAUCGUAAAUAACAUAACUUACGAUCAAGAUUCAGUUGAAGUACAAACUACAAAUGGGCAUAUCUAUCGUGCCCAAUAUGUCCUUUUAACAGUAUCAUUGGGUGUAUUAAAAGGUCGACAGAUUCUAUUCAAUCCUCCAUUACCACAAUGGAAAUUGAAUGCUAUCGACCGACUUGGAUAUGGACUUAUGAAUAAAGUUAUUUUAGUAUGGGAUACAGCUUGGUGGAAUUCGGCAAAUUAUUAUUUUAUGCGUAUUUCAUCAAAGCCAUCUCCUUUUGGUGUUUGGGCUAACGCUAAUAAAUGGAACGACCGACCGGCUCUGUUCUGUUUCUUUAUUGGUGAUGAAGCCAAUCGAUUAGAAACCUUAACAAAUGAGCAAGCUGUUGAAGAAGUUCGAAAUGCAUUACAACAAAUGUUUCCAAAUCAAAGUAUUCCGAUGCCUAUCGAUAGCUUUGUAACACGCUGGAAAUCAGAUCCAUUUUCCAAUGGUUCAUAUUCGUACAUAUCUCAACACCAAACUUAUGAAGAUAUGAUAUAUAUUAGUAAACCAAUUGCUCAUAAACUACUCUUUGCAGGCGAAGCCACAUCCCAAGAAUUUUAUGGCUAUGCACAUGGGGCUUUGCUAAGUGCACGACGAGAAGUUACUCGAUUAUUGCAUGUUUAUGAAUUGCCAGUAAAUCAAUCGAGGCCUACAUCUUGGUCAACGGCGAUCAGUCCAUUCGAAAUCAUGAUUAUUAUUAACGUCAUCUUUUUGAAACUUUUAUCUUAUUUAAUGAACUGA